AUGUCUUCCCUCCCACCAGGAACGGAUCUUUGCGCCAUUCCAGCAGCUCAACCUCCACCAGGCCAGGCACCCAACUUCGUAAAUCCACCGUCCUUGGCCAGUGCGACCAUUGCGGUGACAACAGUGACGCUUGCCUGGGCGGCCCUUUUCACAGCAGCGAGGCUGUAUACGAAUUUUCGCAAGCUGACUUGGGCCGACGGCUUUGUGGUCAUCGCGCUGGCGCUGUCCGCGACAUAUAAUGGCUUGAUUCUGGCUAGUCAGUUUCUGCUUCAUCAGAUUCUCUACGCGCAAGGAGUCCUCCUCGGACCCGUCAUCUUCUUUGCGAAAUCCUCCAUUUUCCUUCUAUGUCGGCAGAUCUUCACCAUCCAGAAGUCAAUGAAAUACGCCAUCCGGUUCGGUCUGCUCUUCACCUUUGUCCUAUACUGGCCAGGAGUCGGUCUGGAAUCGUACUACGCCGCACCGCACAUCGGAGAGACAUGGGAGGAUUUGCUGGUCAACAAGAGACCAGAGCACUUGAUAUACUGGGGUGUCGUGCAGGGAACCCUCUCCGUGGUUCUGGACAUCUACAUUUUCAUUCUGCCGCUCCCGCUUCUCUCGAAGCUGCAACUUCCUCGCAAAAAGCGAUGGCAGCUCUUGAUCAUCUUUUCGACCGCCAUGAUGGGAAUCAUCGCGAGUGUCAUCGCACUCGUUUUUCGCGUUCGGCUGCUCACCACCGCCGACACCACCUUUACUCAGAGUGCGCUCUUCAUCUGCGUAAAUGUUGAGAACAACGUCGCCAUCAUCGUCAGUUCGAUGCCCUUCUUCGCGACCUUUUUCCGAAGCCACGUCCUGGACUCGGCACUUCUCAAGACUCUACGCUCACGACUAAGCUCUAGCGGUGGUCGCUCCGUCGUCGGCACAGUGGACCAUCAGAUGGAUAAGGUUAAACCAGCUCGAUCGCAUCUCCCGGGCGACGCAACGGGACAGUACCAUGAGCUGAGAGAUUUUCCUUUUGCAACGAACACCAAAAUACAGGCGGGAAGGGGAGGGAGGCCGUCCACGCACGGAAACGGAAUAUCCCGUGAGGUCAACAUUGAGCAGGAGAUUCGGGAGCAUUCCAUUGUAUGA